AUGUCUACACCCGGGCUUUCCGAUAAGUCUCUCGAAAGCAGGGCUGCAUCAAUCAAUAGCCUUCGACUUAGACAGGGGCUACAAGGAGUCGUUUUAUCUUACAGCCGCGAUGACUCGGCUGGAAAAAUUAAUACGCUGUUGAUCGCUUUGAAAGACCUGCACGUCUCGGUGAUUCUGAAAGGUGAUCCGGACCUGGACAUCGUCGAUUCAAUCUCUUUCGCGCUCAUCGAUGGUUUCAUGAUUCAGAAUGCGUGUAUUCUACCUGACGGUCAGCGUCGAGACUUUUUCCGCGCAGUUCAAGUGCGAGAGUGCAUUGCGAGAUGCAAACGUCAAAUGGAACAUCGUCCGGAUUUCUUCAUGGGCUUCCUCGAGGUCUGGAUGAUUAGACCUUCAGCAGCGACCCUACGCCGGGCAUUCAAGCUGGCAGACUUCUUUGGAGCUGUUAUUCAAGUUCAGGCCGUCUCACAAAACAAUACACGUAUAGAGAUGAGUCUGAGUGGCUUUGACUGGCUAAAAAGGCCCGAGAUCGUUAAUCUGCAGAAAUGCUGGUCGCAGAACCCCGUGAUCAUGGAUACUUUGAGUACGGAAGUGGAUACCACAUCUUUGAAUACUCAAAAGCUGUCCGAGGUUCUGAGUCCAGCGGAAAAUUUGCUUUCACUGGCGCCUCUUCCUCCCGACCUUCUAUUGGUUCAGAAUGAGCGGCUGGAAGAUGUAUCUAGCCCCAAGUACGUUUCAAACGCUUUAAGAAGAGAUAGCAUCUGGAAUGUGACAAGCUGCGGCGCGUCACUCUGCAAGAAGGGAUGCUACAACCUCCGAGACGAGAUUACCCAGGAGCAAUAUGAACGCAUCUUACAAACCCAGCGCCGCCUCAAAGAUCUGCACAUGCUGCAAGUUUACGCAGAUAUCGAGAUCAUGGCAAUUUCAAAAGUUUUAAACACAACGCUGAAAAACUCAUCUUAUCCCGAACUGCUGCAGAAGCUGCUUGAUAAGUUUACCGAGGGGCGUGUGAGGAUCUAUAGGGGUCUUGACAGUGGAUUCGGCCUUCCUGACGAUGGCGGGCACAUGAUUGGGCUUUCAGAUGAUUCCCUAGAAUAUGGCCACGAUGUCGUUGAUAUCUACAUUUCACUCAAGAACGCUUACGACGCCGCCACGAUCUGGCAUGUAUUUCUCGCACAUAACGGGAUAGGUCGUCUUCAAUGUUACGAGGAUCAACUUUUGUUCUUCCCUGGCGCGCAGCUUCCGAAAAGCUUACAGCAGGAGUUGGGCCAAUGCACGGAAGCCGAACUACUUUCCAUCAUCCAGCAGAUUCGGCUGAGCAAAAUCGACCAUACAAUACACAAGGUGAUCGUCGAAACAUGCGUCAAUGCCUUACUCGAGGAUAGUAGAAGAAGCAGGUGGACAGCCUUACACUCCCGAGCCUGCCUCGACGGCUCAUUGAGUAUGCGAACACUAAUUCAGAUGCGUCUUGAGCAUUUUGCGAAGCAAGGCGCCCGCCAACUUCCUGAGCUGGACAAGUUGGUUGAGCUUUCUGAGCUCCUUGCCCGAAAGUUUCAGGAUGCUUUAUUUGCUACCGAUCGACCUACCUUAAACCAGCUGUCAGCUCCGCUUAUCGAUGCUUACAAUACCAUUGGUAUUACUCGACCGUCUGGUAGCGUACUAGAUCUUUAUGGAUUGAUAUACUUCUGUGUUCUGCGUAGGCUCGCCUUUGAGGACGUAUAUAUCGAAACGACAGACCGAUGUCCGCUAUUCUUGCAACAGCGUGACCAAGCUGGAGUCUUUUCUGAAUUAUGGGUUCUAGGCUCGCAAUGCAAAAUUUACUUCGGCAUCCAGCCACGAGCGCUGGGAGAGGUCAUUUAUGAUAGAUACUACGAGUACCUGACGCUCCAUCCGCCUCCACCUAAUUCAUGGGAUGGUAAAGAUGUCUUCACUGCUUAUUCCAAUACCGAAGCUCGAAUCAAGCUGGAAGGCCAUGGAGUAAUGACAGGGUCUGGCUCGCCUGUGGACCUGCCUGGACAGGCACCUGGGUUCAAGCUUGAUGAGCCAGAGUCAACAAAAUACCUUGUUGACGCCGCCAGCACAUUUGGUGCCCUGUCCAUUUUCUGUUUCCCAGCUAUGAUUGACGUCCUGUUGCUGACAUUCGUCGGUCGAGGUCUCUACCUUACGGUGUUCAUGGAUCCUAGAGCUAUACAAGUGGCCAACUAUGCCAUUCUGACUGCUCUGCUAAUGACUGGUGGUAUCACUGGUUGGGUUGGCAGCACUGGAGGGUUCUAUCUCUACAAUUUUGCAUUCGACAACAUGUCGUACUUUAUUGUCCAGCGUUUCUCGGCGGCUUUCGUACUGACCACUAUUGUUGCCUUUUGUGGCUUCUUCGCUUUUGGUGCUCAGGUCUCCUGGUUCGAUGGAUUUGUAUAUCUGAUAUAUCUCUAUGCUCUGACGACCUUCCUAAACUUGUUAGGCAUGUUUGCCACGAUGCAUCGACUAGGUUGCCCUCUAACUUCUGGUCGUACGGCGAUGUGGAGGUGUAUACCUAUACUGUUCAUUUCACCUAUACUCACCACUUUUGUCAACGGACACGAUCUGUUGAUCUACCUGCUCAUCAUAUACACCUUCGUUAUCGCCCUCCUCUUUACCUUCCGAAAUCUCCUUCAUGAAUGGACCACCUGGUUGGCUAAAGUACCGUCAGUGAAAGAGAAGGAUCUGCUAGCGUGGUACAACUCGAAGAUGAAGAAAGAGCAAGAGUCUUCGUCCGGAGGCGACUCGCAAGAGAUUGCGGCCCGCGCUCGUCUCGCUCUUCGAUUAGCAGUACAUGGAUUCCGUAACAGGAGCUUCUUUCGUCGAGCAUUCAAUCCUGAGCCCGAAAUCGAUCCUUUCGUCAAGAAAAUGGGCAUCGGGCAUCCGUAUGCGCUCUGGCUGCUCGAAAAAGAGGCUCUCGGGGCAGAACUGCCUGCCAUAUAUACGACAACCUGGUUUGUGCAGCUUGAACUCGCAUUCACCAAUCAGCGACAAUUGGUGCGAGGCCUCAAAGAGCACAGUCAAUUCAUCACCUUUCGUUACUCGAAAUACGAUCUGGGACAAAAUGUUGGCUUGUUCUUAGGCGCACUCAUGGAUCGAUGGAUCGAUCUUGUUAUGAGCGCGAGACGACCAGAGAUAGUGACAUACUUCGACGAUCGAGCGCGUUACGGAAUCUGCUUCGGAGUUCUUUACUUCCUCUUUGGUGCCGUUGCGGUUGACUUGGUUUUGCAAAAGUACUGGCCCCUCAUGGAUGUACUGCCAGGGACAAAAAUUGCCGACCUAGACGCGUAUGCUGAGGCCAAAGUUGAUCAGCAACGGGCUCGCAACAAGCAUUAUCGAAACGCACUAAUGGAACUCUUGACCUAUCUGGCUAUCGACUUCGGGGUCGUAACCAUACUCCUGUGGGUCUUUGUCGUUGAUCAUAGAUCGAUCAUUCUGUACUUCUUAUACAUUUCAGGCUAUACAGGAGUAUGCUUGUUUCAGUUCAAUCGAUGUUUUACCCGAGACCCAAAAGCUCAUGUAGUGGCAGUGCUGGUAUGCUGCGCUGUGGGCUUUGUUGUCGGAUGCAUACUUCGAGCAGUACCUUCGACAGUGGAUCUCUUCUACGACUUUGUUAUAGGCUUGAAUAUCACCAGCGUCUCAGCUGCGAUUGCCACGUUCUUCCUUACUGGCUGUUUCUCCUCGUUAACUAUUGGAAUCAAUGGACCUAUGAAGAACAUCAAGAGAGACCGUAAAAAGACAGAGAAAGGCCCUUCGACUAGCGCCAAGUCCCAAGUGAACCUCUGGGCGACACUUUUCAAAACUCAAACCGACACGCUAUGCAAUCUGUCACAUACUACGCACCGCAAAAUUCUUCAGCAUUUAUGUCUUGACAUUGACGUCAACCUACAAUGGACCAAGAUACCGGAUGAUGUACGAAGUCUUGUAAUAUCGCGCGUGUUAGGUGACACCGGUCAUAUCUCUGCCGCUGUCCGGACAUGGUUAGCUGCAGAAUCGAAAAGUAUUCAACAAUUCGAUACAGAGCUGGAACGAUGCUUGCAUGAUUAUGAAAGCAAGAAGGCAACCAUCAGCAAGGAAUCAGAUAACGCUUUCAAAGUUGCUGGCUCGUACAGAGAUCCAGAAUUGACCUCAGUGUUGGGCAGAGAGUUCGGAGCAGUGACGAAGUUCAAGCGUUGUGUCACGACGGUCGGGCUAACGAUUUUCGAGAUCGUGAAAUGGACUGCUCUCAUCUCAGGUGGGGCGUCAGACGCUAAUCGAGAACUAUGGUUUGCGCUGAGGAACAAUCCAGCACGCAAGCCUUUACUAUGGAUAUUGCUGAAGGUCUGGAAAGCAUGCUGGUUUCUCAAAAACUUCUUUACCUACCUGUUUCUGAUUGUCGGCAAGCCAUCAAUGUCUUCUUUCCUGGAAAUGAAGGAUCGUGGACUUCCGAGAACGUUACAUGGGAAUACUAUCACAGUAGACACACCAUUCUCAAAAAUCACUGGUUUCCUCUCUCGCGAUGGUGGUGGCAAUCUAUUAGUCUCCAUUUUUGAUGGCAUUCACAAGGAUCUACCCGAGUCGCAAUCAUUGAGAGCUUUGGCUUUCUACGACGAAGCUUACCGAAUUGUUCGUUAUGAGACUGAUCCCGGAAGUCCUGAAAGCAAAACGACCUCAACUUUCGAGUAUGAGAACAAAGAAUGGAAACGCUGGCCGAGCAGAAGAAUCGUUCAUGCGGCAGACGGUCCUAAAAUCGAGUCUCUUUAUGAUGAACAUGGUCGCGUGGUCAGUGGGAAGCUGUUUCGUGGCGACGCAGAGUUCUCUUUCGAAUUUGUCUACCAAAAAAGACCUAAGGGAAAUGCAGAGAUCCUUGGAGCGACAUAUACACAGGAAAAUGCCGAGGGCACUUCUCCGGUGAUAACCGUGUACUGGAGCGUGCAGCCCAGAUCCGGUUCAGAAGAGGUCGAGAAUUGGACUCCAUCUGACAAGAUCAGGCGACUCGUGGCAAAAUUAGACGGGCAGAUUUAUGAGACCAAAUGGGUCUACAAGCACGCAAGAGAUCCAGAUCUCGAAACAACCAUAACAAAAGAGAAUGGUAUGGUGCUUUCUGGCGUAGAUGCUCCUGCGGCCAUUCUGGAAGAUAAAUUUGGCCUGCUCGAGAAGCCGAAAGAUAUAUCUUUUGACCACAUCGAUUUGCUUGUGCACCAUCCCUUACGUUGGCUGGCGCGGUUCCCGAAGCACGAAGCUGAAUUGUCAAAGCCCUCUUCACGCUUCAUGUCGCUGGUGCCAUUCGGCUAUUCUGAGAACAAGAAGAAAGUCGUUCGUCAACGAGUACCAACUUCCGUUUUGAGAACGGCUUUAUGGACAUCUUGGGCCAAGCCACCUUAUCUUGAUGCAGUCUCGGCAUGCUUUCUAGAUGAGAUGAUUUUGCGCAAAGAACCACUUCUGAAAAGAUAUUGGGAUCUUCGAGACGCCGGUCAUCUGUUGGAAGCUGCGCACGUUCUUGACGAAAAUCUGGAUGUGAUCAAAUCUGCUAUUAAACCAUCUGCAGAAGCAUCUCAGACUUGUCCCCUUCUCAUCAAGGUGUCUGACUUGUUUGUGAUGGGCUUGGGCAAAGAUGCAAAUCAAGUCACAGCUCGUCCAGAGGAUGCAUAUCAUGAUACUCCGACCCAAACAUCUGUAAUUUUCUCUGACAAUGGCUGCUGGCCCGAUAAUCCAGGUGGUGUUUCUAAUUGCAGACGCGACUUGGUCAAUGGACAUCAGACGAUUCGAGGCCAUUGUCUAGCCGAGUCCGCCAACGAUUUUGGGAUUCCUCGUUACCAGAUUGAGAAUAAUAUCAACUCCUUGAAGAUCCUGCCUUUGUGGGGCCUAGAUGGGAAGACAGCAUAUCACGGCGUGCUCGUCAAUCUUCUACAGACUCAAAUCGACGAGAGAAUUUAUGGGACACGAAUAGAGGAAGAUAUCAAGGGCAUCUUUAUCCCUCUGCUCACAUCAUUCGUCAAAGGCGCACGAAUGAGGCAUUAUACCCGCGGUGAUUUGAUCACAUUCAGUAAUGUGAUUCUUCAGAUGAACAGGUUCUUCGAGAAAUGCGAUUUCAACAAGACUUGGAACCACAAAGACGUCUGGGAUGCAUGGGUACAAGCCUGGCUCAUCGAUUACCAAGACCCAAAUAUUGGUAAUUUCCGAGAUUGCUUAGAAAUCGAACAAGCUUCUCUCAGCGACUUCAAGGAUGCUCUUGGUCUGUACAUCUGUUACUUCUUCAUCUAUUCUGUCGAGCUCCCGGCAGAAUGUCCUACUGUGUUUCAGAGCACACAUCACGGAGUUAGCAGCCUCUUCGGUAUGCUUCUCAAAUAUCGCCGUGGAACUACCUGGGGUAUCUGGGACCAUGCGAUUUUAUGGCGAGAGACAUGCCUGAAUAUCAGUCCAGCGCAAUGUUUACUACCAAUUCCAGUCCAGUCUAUGCUUCUUGCUGGCGUCAAGCUUGCAUGUCACCUGGCAUAUACUCAUGUUGAUAUUGUCUUGCCAUGCACUUCAGUGUUCAAUCCUGAUUGGGAGGCUGAUCUCGGCACGGAUCAAGGACUACGAGGUAGUAAGAAACUCUUCGCGCGCAAGAUUGAUCCCAUUGUGAAUGGUAUUGGCAAUAUGGAUGCUUUCCAGCCGGUCGCCGAGACACGCAGUAAGCUCCCGACAUGCGUCAUGCUUUCGAAUGUUCAGUUCAUCAAGGACGUGAAGAAUGCCGUAUUGGCGGCAGAUGUCAUUGUCAACAAGUACGGCUUUACCGAUUAUCGUUUGCUUGUCUAUGGUGCUCAAGACAGACAACCGAGUUAUGCGUUGGAGACGACUACUCUCAUCAACACCCGCAACCUCAGCGCUAAUGUCACACUCGCUGGCUUUGGCUCACCAAAAGAAGUUCUCAAAGAUGCCUGGCUGUUCAUGAACUCUUCUCUCUCUGAAGGUCUUCCUCUAGCUAUCGGGGAAGCAGCGCUGUCAGGCAUCCCUAUCGUCGCCACAGAAGUUGGUGCAACUGCUCUGGUUCUCACCGAUCCUGAUGACCCAACGAGACGUUACGGUGAAGUCGUACCUCCGAAUGAUCCGGAAGCACUGGCAAGGGCGCAACUGAGUAUACUCAGCAUGCUAGGUCCUUGGGCGCAAUAUACGACUGACAAGAUCAAGCCGCCACCUCUGCCGGACAUUUUCAAGCCCGAAGACGUCGCGUGGAUCCUCGCAAGGAUGUACGAGAAAGCAGAGGAUCGUCGUGCUCUAGGCCUCAGACUACGAGAUGUCGUUCUCCGCAGUUUUCACGGCCAGAGAUAUCUUCGCGAGCAUGAGCAGAUGUAUUGGAUACAACGUUGUUGGUCAGAAACUCGUCGGUCAGCUCACAAACUCAGCCGACAUCCACCAGCAAACUCAGCCUUUGGCGAGUCGAACAUAUUCGAGUACGAUGACGCUGGCGAUACUGGAGAAGAUGCUAAAGCGCGUUGGCAAGACUUCCAGUUGGAUCUCCUCAAAGCUAAUACUCAUCCGCCGCCACGUAAGUAUAGAUUGGGUACGUAUGACAGGGGGAUGUCGACAAUGGGAUGA